AUGGCGACAAAGGCGUUUCAGGGACCGACGCAGUCGAACAACGUCAAGACACCCCGCCAACACCACCCAAACGAUCACAUCGCUAACCCGUGCCGCAGCAGUCCUCUCGGCUUGCCCAAGGGUAGUGGUGGUGAUGCUGUGAAAGAGCAGAACCUUCCUAAAACGAAACGGCUAAAACACGAUCAUGUUGCCGCGCCAGACGUUGACGAGGCCCUUCGGGUAACCGAAAACGAGCUGCGGGGAUUCCGGGCCACCGCAGAUGAGACUGUUCAGCCUUCGGACGGGACACUUUUCCAGGUCAGCAAGAAGCUCGACGGCCAGUUGACGGCGUACGCCGAGCGUCAGGCCCUUGAAUACGGCACCGUACGCCAGCAAGCCUUCGAGUAUGAGCGGUCCCUAGGCUUCGAUUCCGCGUGCACCAAGCAGGCCAGCGAGAAGGAGAUUGCGGCGAACGCGGUGCUCCAGCAGCUCAAAAAGGACGACAUCGCCCGCUUUUACGACAAGGCACCCAAGAAGGAGGGCUAUCGUGGCCAGGAACACGCUCGGUUCUACGGUGACCACUUUCUCUCCAAUGCCGAGUUGAUUGAACAAACGCAAGUGUUCGCCCUGUGUCGCGACAUGCCCAAAGGCGCCCAUCUACACAUCCACUUCAACUCCAAUCUGGCACCGAGCGUCCUCCUCGGCAUUGCUCAGAAGAUGGACCGCAUGUUUAUAUGGAGCAACAUCCCCCUGAACCGGGACGAGGCGUUUGACCUCUGCCGCAUUCAGUUCAGUAUCAUGAGCCCGGAAGCCGUUAUGGAAAGGGGGGAAAGGAGUCCAUUUGAUAAGGACUAUCAGGGCGGGAACGUAAUGCAAUUUCGUGCGUUCAGGGCGGCCUAUCCCGAUGGGGAGGAGAAGGCUGAUAAUUGGUUGGAACGAAAGCUAGUCUUCCAGGAGGAGGAAGCACACCACCCGCUUCAAACGGCCGAAGGGGCAUGGGAAAAGUUCAAUGCCCGUACGCAAAUGAUGAAAGGCCUCUUCAACUACGAGACCGCCUACCGGGAAUACACCCGGCAGUGUUUGGCCGAGUUUGUCGACGACAAAAUCCAGUACGCCGAAAUCCGGCCUAACUUUAUGUCGUCCAACCAAGUGUGGAAGGACGAUGGCUCACUACGGAUCGACAACGUCGGUAUCAUGGAUCUCAUCAUCAGCGAGUACGAGGCUUUCCAGGAGAAGCACCAAAACCAAGUGCUGAAGGGUCUCAAAGUCAUCUACUGUACUCCCCGGUCGUUUAGUGAGAAGCUGGUCGGCGAAGCCUUAAUGCAGUGCUUCCAGUUCAAGAAGCACAAGAGGUUUGGGCCGUACAUUGCCGGCUUUGACCUUGUCGGUGAAGAAAGCAAAGGCAAACCUCUCAAAGCCUUCACCACCCAAUUUUUACACUUCCAAGCUCUCUGCAAGACCGCGGAAGUCGAAAUUCCCUUCCUCUUUCACUGCGGCGAGACGCUCGACAUCGGCACCGACACCGACGGCAACCUGUUGGAUGCGCUAUUACUCGGCGCGCGGCGUAUUGGCCACGGCUUUGCCCUACCACGUCACCCGUUCGUCAUGGACGAGAUGCGCCGUCGAGGGGUGUGUGUCGAGGUCUGCCCGAUCUCCAACGAGAUUCUCGGGUUGACGCCGCGGAUCAGUGGGCACGCGAUGUAUAAUUUGCUGGCGAACAAUGUGCCAUGCACGAUUAGCACGGACAACGGGACGCUGUUCCGCUCCCGCCUCUCGCACGACUUCUACCAAGUCAUGGCCGGGAAGCCCGACAUGACGCUGCAUGGCCUGCGGCAGCUUGCAGAAUGGAGCAUCAAGCAUGCGUGCCUGGAUGAGCCGGGCCGUCGGGAGGCCCUGCGGGCCGACUGGGUGCGCAUGUGGGAUGCGUUUUGCCAGCGGAUUAUUGAUGGGGCGUUUACGAAUCAUGAUAGCGAGGGUGAAGAGGAUGGGGUCGGCAAACCUUGA